CGCCAUUUAAACCUUUCCAACACCCCUAUAUCUAUAUUUCACACACACCAACCUGUAUAUACAGAGAGAGAAACAAUUUCACACACACCAACCUGUAUAUAUAGAGAGAGAAACAUAAAUUGAGCUAAAAUUAAGGUGUCGGUGCCUUUGAGAUCAUCUUUUAGUACCCACCUUUCCUGAUUUCAUCUCCUCUUCCCAAUAACCCUCUAAACAACAAAUUCCCAAUCCAAUCCGGGGUGGAUCUACCCAUAGUUUUCGGGUUCUAAAAACCCUACUAGAAUUUAUAUAAUCUUUUUUAUAUAGAAAAAAUUUCCUGGAUCAAUCACUAAAUCGAUGGAAGCCAGAAAACCCUUCUCCGGCAGCGUCUCCGGUGACUUAAACUAUUCUCCGGCGGCUGGAAAAAGAAAGUCCGAUCAACGACCGUACAAAGGGAUCCGGAUGAGAAAGUGGGGAAAGUGGGUAGCCGAAAUUCGGGAGCCGAAUAAGCGGUCGAGGAUAUGGCUCGGCUCGUAUUCGACUCCCUUAGCCGCCGCACGGGCGUAUGACACGGCCGUGUACUACCUACGGGGGCCGUCGGCUCGGCUUAACUUCCCGGAGUUGAUGGCUUCUGAUGGCGGCUUGGAUGAGCUGAGCACGGCUUCUAUUAGGAAAAAAGCUAUUGAAGUUGGGGCUAGAGUAGAUGCAGAGACGUGUUGUACGUUGGUGCAUAAGAGUGGUACGUUUGAGCAUCAUCAUAAUUGUCCUUCUAGUUCUGAGUUGAAGAAGGCUUGUUGGUUUCAAGAAAAGCCUGAUUUGAAUAAGAAACCCGAAUCCGAAGACCCGGAUGGAGAUUGUUGAUGAUGGGUGGUGGAUGGUCCGGUAGUUUUUAUACCUAACUUGAUGAUCAUUUGGAGUAGUUGUUUUAAGGUACAAGGGCAGUAAUGUAAAUAAUUGUGGUGUAUUUUGUUUUAAUUAAUAAAUCUCUCUGUUUUAGCAUUA